UGCCCAUGCACAGAUAAACAUGUCUGUGGCGGGAGGAGGUACGAGAGGCUUUUAUUUCAACACAGUCCUGUCUCUGGCUCGCUCCUUGGCUAUCCACCGCCCUGCGCCCAUCGAAAAGAUCCAGAAACUGCAAUGUAUGUGUCCAGUGGAAGUCCGGGGUGUGUUCACUUUAGAUGUGCGUCGCAGGGAUGCUGUCAUCGCUCUGGCUGUGUUUCUGGUGGAGUCUGGGCUACAGCACAAAGACGUACUUGUUCCGUACUUACUGAGCCUAUUGAGGGGAUUGCCACGGGUCCAAUGGAUUGAAGAAAGCUUGGGAAAGAAAGGAAAGGAAUUUCUCCCAGUUGCAGAAAACUUCAGCUUCUGCCUUGUAACACUUUUGUCAGAUGUGGCUCAGAUGGACCCAGACUCCCGACAGGAGAUCUUGAACACCAUAAUGGAGGUCAUGCAGGCCUUACAAGAGAUGUGCCAAACACCUGAUAAUCAUGAAAAAGUCUUCCUGUGCAGGUACGCUGUCCCGAGUCUGCUUGGCAUGACUCGAGCCUUCGGCCGCUACAGCAACACAGAUGAAGCCCUGUUGUCCAGGCUCUUCCCCAAAGAUUCACCUCAGGCUCGCCGCGUCGCAGAGGAAACAGAGGGUGUUCGGCGCAGAUCCUUCAAUGAUUUUCGUUCAAUUCUUCCAUCCUCCCUGCUCACAGUGUGCCAGAAUGACACACUCCGCAGACGCACAGGGACUAACCUGGAUUCCUCUGCACAGAUCUCCACAGACCCGGCAGGUCACUCGCCCUGCUCUCCCACCGCCCCUGGUCCACAUUACUUUGAAGGUGCCUAUCUUCCAGACAGCAGCACAGUCGACCCCGAAUACUAUUUCUCCACAGUCAGCUCCAGUUUCUCAGUGUCUCCGCUUUUCCAGGGAGAGGGUGAAAACGAGGUGGAGGUUCCAGUGGAUCUGCUCCGACAUCUGCUGGGCAUGGUGAAGAUGUUUGUCUCGGACUCCUUUUUGAAAACUCUGGAGGCCGCUAUGACGGACGUCACAGAGUCUAAUCCUGGAAUGAACCUCUACUACAAAAUCUUCAACGACACUCUCUACGUGUGUGUGUUCAAAAUGCUGCGUGACACACUGUACAACAUGAAAGCCCUGCAGCCGACAUUUGUCCGGGAAGUGCAUGAUUUUGUUCUGGAGCAGUUCAGCAGCAGUCAGUCAGAGCUGCAGAGGGUGCUUCAUGACACGGGGGUGUUGCCGGGGGAACAGAGCCCCCUCAAGCUCCGUUGCCAAGCCAACGCUGCCUGCGUGGAUCUCAUGGUUUGGGCCGUCAAAGACGAGCAAGGUGCUGAGAAUCUGUGCACCAAACUGUCAGAGAAGCUGCAGUCAAAGACAUCUAGUAAAGUCAUCAUUGCUCACAUGCCCCUGCUCAUCUGUUGCCUACAGGGCCUGGGUCGUCUGUGCGAGAGGUUUCCAGUAGUUGCUCACUCUGCCACAACUUCUCUCAGGGAUUUCCUGGUUGUUCCUUCCCCUGUUUUAAUAAAACUCUACAAGUAUCAUAACCAGUGCAGCACAGGCACUGGAGAAAUUAGGAUAAAUGUGACCAAUGAGCAUUCUCAGUCUACUAUCAACAUACUGUCAAGCAGAAGAGACCAGCCUUCCAUGUAUGAGCAGCUCAGAGAUAUCUCCAUUGAUAACAUCUGCAGAUGUCUGAAAGCCGGUUUGACCAUGGACCAUGUGAUUGUAGAGGCCUUUCUGGCCAGUCUGUCCAACCGUCUGUACAUUUCCCAGGAGAAUGACAAGGAUGCUCAUCUAAUUCCAGAUCACACCAUCCGUGCCCUUGGCCACAUCGCAGUCGCUCUGAGAGACACUCCUAAAGUCAUGGAGCACAUCUUACAAAUCCUUCAACAAAAGUUCUGCCAACCUCCGUCACAGCUGGACGUACUAAUUAUAGACCAGCUGGGCUGCAUGGUCAUCACAGGAAAUCAAUACAUCUACCAGGAGGUGUGGAAUCUGUUCCAGCAGAUCAGCGUAAAAGCCAGUUCUGUGGUCUACUCGGCAACCAAAGACUACAGAGAUCAUGGUUACAGGCACUGCUCUCUGGCUGUGAUCAACGCUCUCGCCAACAUCGCAGCCAACCUGCAGGGGGAGCAGCUGGUGGACGAGCUGAUGGUGAAUCUCUUAGAACUGUUCGUCCAACUGGGUCUGGAAGGGAAAAGAGCCAGCGAGCGGGCCUCCGACAAAGGCCCGGCGCUGAAGGCAUCAAGUAGUGCCGGGAAUCUUGGAGUUCUUAUUCCCGUGAUUGCCGUGUUGACCAGGCGCCUUCCGCCGAUCAAGGAGGCCAAACCACGACUCCAGAAGCUUUUCAGAGACUUCUGGCUGUACUCUGUGGUCAUGGGCUUUGCUGUAGAAGGAUCAGGACUUUGGCCUGAGGAAUGGUAUGAAGGUGUGUGUGAGAUCGCUACCAAGUCUCCUCUUCUCACCUUCCCCAGCGGAGAACCGCUUCGCUCUGAACUGCAAUACAACUCUGCUCUGAAAAAUGACACUGUAACACCGGCCGAGUUGAGUGAACUGCGCGCAACCAUCAGCAAUCUCCUCGACCCUUCUCCAGAGGGAUCUGCCCUCAUCAACAAGCUUGACUUUGCCAUGUCCACAUACCUGCUCUCAGUCUACAGAUUGGAGUAUAUGAGGAUGCUGCGAUCUAACGAUCCCGACAGGUUCCAGGUGAUGUUUCGGUACUUUGAGGACAAAGCCAUCCAGAAAGACAAAUCUGGCAUGCUGCAGUGCAUUAUUUGUGUCGGUGAUAAGGUAUUUGAUGUCUUCCUCCAGAUGAUGGCUGAAAAGCCAAAAACUAAAGAACAUGAAGAAGAAUUGGAGCGUCAUGCUCAAUUCUUGUUGGUCAACUUUAACCACACCCACAAGAGGAUCCGCAGGGUGGCAGACAAGUACCUCUCUGGUUUGGCUGAAACAUUCCCUCAUCUGCUUUGGAGCGGUCGCGUGUUAAAGACGAUGUUGGAUAUUUUGCAGACGCUCUCUCUGUCCUUAAGUGCUGACAUUCACAAGGAUCAGCCAUACUACGAUAUUCCAGACACACCACACAGAAUUACUGUUCCUGACACAUAUGAAGCCCGAGAGAGCAUAGUAAAAGACUUUGCUGCACGUUGUGGUGAGAUCCUGAAAGAGGCAAUGAAAUGGGCCCCUUCAGUCACAAAGUCUCAUCUACAGGAAUACCUGAACAAGCAUCAGAUCUGGGUGUCGGGACUGUCCCAGCACACGGGCCUUGCUAUGGCCACUGAAAGCAUACUGCACUUUGCAGGCUACAACAGACAGAGCACGACACUAGGCACCACCCAGCUGACAGAAAGACCAGCUUGUGUGAAGAAGGACUACUCAAACUUCAUGGCAUCACUUAACCUACGAAACCGUUACACAGGAGAGGUGGUUGGUAUGAUCCAGUUCUCAGAGGCGACUCACAGCCAGUCAGACCUCAUAAAGCUGAUGAUCCAUCAGAUGACAGUUGCUCUUGAUGGCAAAGACCCAGCGGCCUUCACUCAAGCCAUGUUCAAGAUGGCAGCCCUUCUGAUAACUACCAAAAACUGCGAUCCUCAGCUGCUGCACCAUCUGUGCUGGUCUCCCCUGAAGAUGUUUACAGAACACGGCAUGGAAACGGCCAUCGCCUGCUGGGAGUGGCUUCUGGCCGCGCACAAUGGGGUGGAAGUGCCAUUCAUGCGUGAGAUGGCAGGAGCUUGGCAGAUGACAGUGGAGCUGAAGAUGGGUUUGUUUUCGGAGGCUAAAGUGGAAGCUGGCCCUCUGGCCGUCUCAGAGGAGAGUCAGCCUGCUCCUUGUGCUCCUGAUGUCAUCCCUCACUUCCUCUGGAUAGAGUUCCUGGUGCAGCGGUUUGAGAUAGCCAAAUACAGCAGUGCAGACCAGGUGGAAAUUUUCACCAACAUUUUGCAGAGGUCUCUGUGUCUUAAUGUUGGAGGAUCCAAGAGCAGCCUGAACCGACACGUUGCUGCCAUUGGACCAAGAUACAGGCUGCUGACGCUGGGUUUGACUCUGCUGCAUGCUGAUGUUGUGACAAACGCCACCAUCAGAAACGUGCUUCGGGAGAAAAUCUAUUCCACGGCUUUUGACUACUUUAGUGUCGCUCCGAAGUUUCCCACCCAGACGGAUACAAGGCUAAGAGAAGACAUAAGUAUUAUGAUCAGGUUCUAUGCCAGUUUACAAUCUGACAAGAAGUAUCUGACGGCCAACCAGCUGGUCCCCCCAGAUCCCCAGGACAUGUCUGUGAACAGCUUGUCUGUGAUGACGGUGACGGACAGCAGGAACAGUCUGGAUGCUGCAGUAGGUCAGAGGCAGCAGGCCACUCAGGGAUGGAUCAACACCUACCCUCUGUCCUCUGGGAUGUCCACCAUAUCCAAGAAAUCAGGGUUAUCUAAAAAAAGCAACAGAGGCUCCCAGCUGCACAAAUACUACAUGAAACGCAGGACUCUCCUACUGGCUUUAUUGGCCAGUGAGAUUGAGCGUCUGACCAUAUGGUACAACCCAUUAUCGACUCAGGAGCUUGCUAUUGCUACUGAACAGUCGGUAGAGACCAGCAUCGCUAACUGGAGGUCCAAAUACAUCAGCCUGACAGAAAAACAAUGGAAAGACAAUGUGAACCUGGCCUGGAGCAUCUCGCCGUACCUCGCCCUGCAUCUGCCUGCCAGAUUUAAAAACACAGAGUCCAUCGUGUCUGAGGUGACGCGUCUGGUGCGACUGGAUCCCUCUGCUGUGUGUGACGUACCUGAGGCAGUAAAGUUUCUGGUAACGUGGCACACGAUUGAUGCCGACUCUCCGGAGCUGAGUCACAUCCUGUGCUGGGCUCCUGCAGACCCCCCGACCGGACUGUCCUACUUCUCCUCCAUGUACCCCCCCCACCCCCUCACGGCCCAGUACGGGGUCAAAGUGCUGCGCUCUUUUCCUCCUGAUGCCAUCUUAUUUUACAUUCCUCAAAUUGUACAAGCCCUUCGAUAUGACAAGAUGGGCUACGUGAGAGAGUACAUCCUCUGGGCCGCGCAGAAGUCUCAACUGCUGGCUCACCAGUUCAUCUGGAACAUGAAGACUAACGUAUACCUGGAUGAAGAAGGACACCAGAAAGACCCUGACAUCGGUGAGCUGCUGGAGCAGAUGGUGGAGGAGAUUACAGGCUCUCUCUCUGGCCCGGCCAAAGACUUUUACCAGAGAGAAUUUGACUUCUUCAACAAGAUUACAAACGUUUCAGCCCUUAUCAAGCCCUAUCCCAAAGGGGAGGAGAGGAAAAAGGCUUGCCUGGAAGCCAUGUCACAGAUUAAAGUCCAGCCUGGCUGUUAUCUUCCCAGUAACCCAGAGGCCAUAGUUUUGGAUAUAGAUUACAAGUCUGGGACUCCCAUGCAGAGUGCUGCCAAGGCUCCAUACCUGGCCAGGUUCAGAGUAAAGAGGUGUGGAGUAAGUGAGCUGGAAAAAGAAGGUCUGCUGUGCCGCUCAGAUUCUAUGGAUGAUGAGAAGAACGAAGAAGAGGCCAAGAGAAUCAUCUGGCAGGCAGCCAUCUUUAAAGUUGGAGACGACUGUAGACAGGACAUGCUGGCUCUUCAGAUCAUCAGUCUGUUCAAAAACAUCUUCCAGCUGGUGGGACUGGAUCUCUACGUGUUUCCGUACCGAGUGGUGGCCACAGCACCUGGAUGUGGUGUGAUCGAGUGCAUCCCGGACUGCAAGUCCCGUGACCAGCUGGGCCGACAAACAGACUUCGGUAUGUACGACUACUUCAGGAACCAGUAUGGAGAUGAAUCCACACUUGCCUUCCAGAAGGCGCGGUACAACUUCAUCCGCAGCAUGGCAGCUUACAGCCUGCUGCUCUUCUUACUGCAAAUAAAAGACAGACACAAUGGCAACAUCAUGCUGGACAGCCAGGGACACCUCAUCCACAUCGACUUUGGCUUCAUGUUUGAAAGUUCUCCCGGUGGGAACCUCGGGUGGGAGCCGGAUAUCAAGCUCACUGAUGAGAUGGUGAUGAUCAUGGGUGGGAAGAUGGAGGCGACACCUUUCAAGUGGUUCAUGGAAAUGUGUGUGAGGGGUUACCUGGCCGUCAGGCCCUACAUGGAUGCGGUGGUCUCCUUAGUUAACCUCAUGCUGGACACCGGCCUUCCCUGCUUCAGAGGACAGACCAUCAAGUUACUCAAGCAACGUUUCAACCCAGGUCUGAGCGAGAAAGAUGCAGCUUCCUUCAUCAUCAAAGUCAUCCAGAACUGUUUCCUUAGCAACAGGAGUCGGACCUACGACAUGAUCCAGUAUUACCAGAAUCAGAUUCCAUAUUAAACGUUGUGCCUAAGCAUGUGCAUAUUUUGGCUGGUACAGUGUGUGCGUGCGUGUGUUUGUGCCUUUGUUCAAAUUCACCACUGAAGGUAGUGACUCACUGUUCCUGCUUAUUGUUGGGCAUGGUCUUUUGUUUUUGGUUUCCCUUCUUGUUUCUCCUGUAAAGAUAUUUUCAAAAUAGCCGUAUUUUACCUUAUUUAUUAUUCUCAAUUGUUAUGGCAUCUUGACUUCUGCGUACUUAGAGGAAUAACUUGUGAUCAUCUGCACGUUCAAUAAUUACUUUAUGAGUUUGUGCCAAGUAGCUGAAGUAACUGGUUUCAGUUCUGACCGGCGUGGCCUCCGUCAUCUUCUACUUGACUGUACUACUGUGCCCCCCCCUUUUUUCUCUCUUUUUUUUUUUAAUUGGGAAACCAGACUAAUUUAAACUUUGGCAUGGUACUCUUCUGCACUUCUAUUUGGCUGUAUAGACAUGGGUUACGCCAUCUAUAUUUUGGAGUUUUCAUAUUUCCAUUUUUAACAGGAUUAAUCAUAUGCACAAGUUCUGUGAACCACUGCGACUGAGCUUUGUAUAUUUAGCGUUGCCAAAAAAUAAUAGUGCACUUAAAUUAAACUUUUAUUUUGCUCGCGGUGGAGGUUAAAGCACAGUCUAAUUGUUGGGCAGCUGCAUGAAGUUAAGUGUCAACUACCACGAAGCUCAUGUCUGAUGUUGCUUUGGUGAAGAAUGAUUUGGUCAUUCAAAGUGCUGUGGCCCAUGUCCAUACGGUUAACUUAAGCCUUCAUUCAUUGUUACUGGUUGUAAAGAUUUUACAUCUUUGUAUAUUUAUAUCCAUGAUCCAUUUUCCGUCUCUUUUUCUAUCUUCAUGCCUUUUGAAUGAGAAUGCAUAAGUUUAUGAAAUGAAAUAAAGAUCUUAAAAACU